GAAAAACUCUCUGGGAAAGUUGCAGUCCCAAAAAAUAAAAGAGAAAAUUUCUGCUGUAGCAUCUGUAACUGGUGUUGCGACACUGUUAACGGAAUUUACCUUAGAUUUGUUUAUAUCUUCAAAUAUCCAGAGACAUGGUUUGUAUGUGUUUGUGAAGGAUCUCCCCCUUACCAUCGGAGCCGGUGUGUGUGUGUGUGCACAUGUCUCAGAAGAACGUGCUGAGCAUGGACCUGGAAGACUUCCCCCCUCCACCACCUGACUUGUUGGAUGAUGAAGAUGAAGGUGGGAGGUUUGAGUUUGAAGACAGUGGUGAUGAAGCCCCAGAGGCGGAUCUGCUACCUCCCGACCCCGAGGGAACGUCCAUGGUGUUAACUUACUCAUCAGCAGAUCGGGACGCACCCGUGAAUGGGACAAGUCCAAACCCAGAGAACUUACUCACCGCAGAGGCUGAUCUGCCCCCACCACCUCAGGACUGCCCUGCUAAUAAUACCCCUUUAGCUCAUGCAACGUUCCCACAGGGAGAUCUACCCCCUCCUCCCGCAGAUCUUUGUUACAGCGCAACACAAGGGCAGGAUAGUGAACCUAUUCCAACAGCAGAGGGCACUACAGGAGCUGCUGUUUACAGUCAGUUGGAGGGGAACAGUGGUGCCAGUGCGGUUCCCAACUUGGCAACCACCUCCAAACCCAAAGUCAACCCCUACUCAGUGAUUGACAUCGCCCCUAUCCAACAGCAGCUCCUGCCAGAGCAGAGUGCACCUCCCUCUUCCCCUCCAGCCAAUGAGAGCGAAGGGGACAUUCAGGAUGUUCCCAGUAGCCCUGGGUUGCCAUCUGGAUAUUCAGUUCCAGUGCCUUGUGGUUAUGCAACGCCCUCGAACGUGCCAGUGAUCACACCAGCCUACACCACAGUCAUCAUCCGACACUUCUCUGUGGAUGAAGAUGUGACCGUGGGGGGAACAGGACACCCUCCAGUGGACAGUGUUUUUAGUGAAGAGUGUCCAGUCAUCAAAGAAGAAGAUGCUCUAACUAAAUGGGUGUCCGAUCCAGCUAACACAGCCUGGAUGGAAAGUCCAGAUGAAGUGAUUUAUGAUGAUGUGCCUAGGGAAAGCUCUGGAUCCACAACAGACCCUGAUGAGAUGAUCUAUGAUGAUGUGGAGUUCGGGGAGGAGGGUGGCAGCAGCUCUCUGGACAACGGUUGGAGUUCCAGUGAGUUUGAGAGUUAUGAGGAAGCAAGUGACACGGAGAAUGGACACGGAGAAAACGGCCUCCCAGACGCUUAUGUGAGGGGUCGCACGCCUAGCAAGAAAACACAUCUGUCUGAAGAUCUGGUGCGUUUGAAAGAGCGUUAUGAGAGAAAGAUGCGAGAUCUCAUGGCAAACACAGUGGGGACGGUAGAGCUGCAACAGCUCAAACACAAACAGGAGCAGAAGAUGCAGAGACUUGUAAAAGCAGCCAAAGAUGGAACUAAAGACGGUCUGCAGAAAACCAAAGCUGCAGUAAGGAAGGGGCGAUCUUUCAUCCGCACCAGAUCUCUUUGUCAAGAGAAGAAGCCCAGCUGCUUUGAUGAACAAUCAGAUGUUUUCUUUGAGGUGGAAUGUUUUAAUGUGGACCCAGUUCUGAGCCCUGCGCCUGAUGGGCUCUCUGAACACCAGGUAACAAGGAGGUGCAUUCUGGAGAUGAUUCUAGAGAGUGAGAAGAACUAUUUGGAGUCUCUUAAGAGCAUUUUAGAGCAAUAUGAGAAGCCGUUGUCACAGAUCGAUCCGAGGUUAGUGAGCGACCGCAAACGUACGGUGAUGUUUUAUCGGAUACGCGAGAUCCUGCAGUGCCACGCCCUGUUCCAGAUGGCGCUGGCGAGCCGCGUAUCCGACUGGGACCAGCUGGAGAUGAUCGGGGAUGUGUUCGUAGCAUCGUUUUCUAAAUCCAUGGUGUUAGAUGCAUACAGUGAAUAUGUGAAUAACUUCAGCCUGGCGAUGGGAGUGGUGCGGAAGGCGUGUGCUGCUAAGCCCUGUUUCCUCGACUUCCUCAAGCAACGUCAGGAGACCAGUAAAGACCGCCUGACCCUUUACGGGCUGAUGAUGAAACCAAUUCAACGAUUCCCUCAGUUUAUACUGUUGCUGCAGAAUAUGUUAAAAAACACACCAGUGGGACAUCCAGACCGCCUUCCACUUCAAAUGGCCCUCACUGAACUGGAAACGCUUGCUGAGAAACUCAAUGAGAGGAAGAGAGAGGCUGACCAGCGCUGUGAGAUCAGGCACAUUGCUAAGGCUGUGAAUGAGCAUUACCUCAACAAGCUGCUGAGCAGUGGCAGUCGAUAUCUGAUUCGUUCUGAUGACAUGGUGGAAACCGUUUAUAAUGAUCGCGGGGAGAUCAUUAAGACUAAGGAACGGCGAGUUUUUCUUCUGAACGACGUGCUUAUGUGUGCCACCCCCAACCUGCGAUCUUCUCAGGAUGGUGGAAGUGUGGGAGCCGGAGGUGAAAGUCUUCCCACAGGACAGAGGUUUCUGCUCAAGUGGAGUGUGCCGUUGAGUCUGGUGGAGGUUGUGGAGUUUGGCUCUGGCGAGGAGAUGGGCGACUCUUCCCGGUUUCACCCCUCGCAUUCGGGGGAAAAAGUCGUCAUCAAUGCCAAACCUAAUAAAUUGUAUAUGGGUCCAGGACAGCUGUACCAGGACCUCCAGAACCUGAUCCAUGAUCUUGGUUUGGUGAACCAAAUCUCUACCAUGAUCAGCAGCCUGAAGGGAAAUUAUCAGAAUGUUAAUGGGGCAGUAGCUCAGGAUUGGGUUUCAGGCCUCCAGCGCCUCAUUUUAAAGAAGGAGGAGGAGAUUCGGGCUGCUGAUCGCUGUAGGAUACAACUGCAGUUACCAGGGAAACAAGACAAGUAUGGAAGACCCACAUUCUUUACUGCAGUCUUCAACACUUUCUGUCCAUCUAUAAAGCAAGCCUGGAUCAGUAACUUUCAAAUGGCCAAAUUGGCGCUACAGGAGGACAAUAUUCAGGGCUGGUUUUGUGCUGAAGAUGACGGUAAUCAGAGGAGGAAGCAGAAUCAUCCUCUUUUACUCAUGCAGAUGGCUGUGGUCAUGUCCAAACUGCAGGAGUUCAAGGUGGAAUGUGCUGUUCACAACCCUGAGCCAUAUGUGAACAAUGACAGCACUGCAGAUCUGCCUGUUAUGGGUCACGGCUGUGUAUGGGUGGCCAGCUGCACCAAUCACAUGGGCCAGGUGUCUGUUGUGGCUUUGCAGAACUCGAAUCCCAAAGUGACGGAGUGUUUCAACGUCGAGUCGCGUAUUCUCUGCAUGACGUAUGUGCCUCUAGAUGAGACUUUGGAAAGCGGGGAGGAAAACUCAGAAGAGCGGAAAGCCAAUGACACGCCGACUGUGUGUUUGGGAAUGGAGGAAGGCAGUAUAUCUGUAUAUAAGAGCAGCCAGCGCUCGAAGAAGGUCCGACUGCAGCAUUUCUUCUCACCUGAUAAGUCCUGCGUCACAUGUCUGGUGUACAGGAGCGGCUGUCUGUAUGCAGGACUGGUCAGCGGUUCACUAGUCGUCUACUCCAGAUCUAAUGACGGCUCCUGGGUCGAGUCAGCGACUCAUGUGCUGAAGCUCGGAGUAUUACCGGUGAAAGCUGUGCUGGUGGUGGGUGAACAUGUGUGGGCUUCAUCAGGCGGGCAGAUCUUCAUCAUCAACACACAGACACACACUGUUGAGCGUCAGUUCGAGGCCCAUCAAGAGGAGGGAAUGAUCGUGUCACACAUGGUGGUAGCUGGUGUAGGGAUUUGGAUAUCAUUCAGCACGGGCUCCACCUUACGACUCUUCCAUACAGAGACUCUUGACCACCUGCAAGAUAUCAACAUCGCCACAGCAGUCAAUAACAUACUACCAGGACAGCAGAGAGUUUCUGUGAGCAGUCUCUUAGUGUGUCAUGGUCUACUGUUGGUGGGAACUAAUCUGGGGGUUACGGUGGCCCUGUCUGUGCCCCGACUGCAGGGCAUCCCCAAGGUCACAGGUCGAGGCAUGGUCUCUUUUCACGCUCACCACGGCCCAGUCAAGUUCCUCACAAUGGCAACAGCAGUGUGUAACGUCUCCCAGGUGACCGAGGCGACUCUUACAUCCAGCACACCCAGCGAGUGCCAGUCCGGGGCCCAGGAGGUGGAAGGAUCCAAACCCACAGAGAACCACACACAGCCGGGGAACAGCAGCAUGAGCUCCACCUCCCAUGCACCCGUUCUCCAGGAUUCCUUGUCCUCCUCGUGCGGGUCUCUGGCUUUGUCUCAAGGCUCUUUAGAGCAUGGGCCAGAGGACGCGGCAAUAUAUGACCUACUAAACGAGCCAGCAUACUUCCAGAAAGCCAAGCAGACUCAGAGAGUUGAUGUGAGCUCAGUGUUUGUGGUGUCUGGAGGACUGGGCCACAGAAGAGUUAACAGAAAAACAAAACAAUCCAAGCAUGAAGAGAUGGUGUCUACCAUCAUGGUGUGGCAGAUACCAUUGCCGAACUUGUGAGGAAGGAAGAUGGAGGUUACCAGAGAAUUGUCAGGGCAUUGCACAUCAAAGAGAGAGACGUUCUCUUCUUUGAUUCAUGGUGUGACAAGAGAAAAAAGAAGAAUGGAUAAGAGAGAAAAAAUAGUAUUCCAGUGAUGAACUGAAGUUUUCUUUUAUGCAUCAGAAAUGUUUUAUCACUAGACACAUUCGCCUCUACUCAUUUUUGAACACAACUUUUGAUUUAAAGGGGCAUUCAUGAUACGAUGCCAAUGUGAUGCAAUUUUGAUUUAACUGUGGUAAGCAUUUUUAACUGCUACAUGAUUUUCAAGAAAGAAAAACGGAAAACAGCUUCCCAUGUUUCAUUAUAGCAGCAUUUCUGCUUUCAUUUGUUACAUCUCAAUCAAGCCUGCUCGGGGGAGUCUUUUGUCGUUAAUUUAAUUGUUUUCCUUUAAAAAAACAUUUUUUGAAUAAGUUUGCUUCAUUAAGUAACGGUGCUUGUUAGAAGUCUAAAAACAUUACCUGAAUCAGCAGGUAAAUGAACUUCCUCUAUGUUCAUUUACAACCUGUGACUGAAUGACUUGUAUGAGAUUCUCUGGCGGGCCAGAGGUUCUUGUAGGUCCUUAAAUGAAGUAAGCGCCACUGUUACCAGUUAUGUAAACGAUAAAAUGAUAUUCCUCCAGAAUUCUAAUUUAAGUUUGAUGCUUAUCAAUAUUUAAACUAUGGAAAAGCUUGAUAUAUAUGUAUUGCUGGUUUGUAUAUUAUUAACGAAUAUAUACAAUUGUUUUAACCAGAAUUUUGUAUAUCUGUGGUAACUGUUGUUUUCUGUUUUGUUUUUCUGUUUUUACCCAACACAUGAUCCAUCGGUCCUUAUUAUUUUUUAUUAUUUUGUUUUUAAUGGAUUCUUGCUGUCGAUACAAACAUAACGCAAAGACCCAAAAAAGAGACCGAAGAGAGAUUGAACGGCUUUAGUUUAAAUGCACUUUACCAACAGCAACUGCUUUUAAAGCUUAAAGGAAAUUGUGUGGACAGAUGGAUGCAAGGAAAGAAAGAAAUAAACAUAACUUGGAAAAAGA